AUGAAUCUUCCACACGAAGGCGCCAAGGAGAAAAAGUUGCCGGAACAGGCCAAGGGAAAUCCUGCCUAUGAGCAAACUCCCGAGGACAUGCCCUUGUGGUGUUGCGGACGGAACUGUGGUCGUAACUCACGAUUGACCGUCUUUGUCUUGUCCUUUAUUGGAAUUCUCUGUUCCAUUUUCUUGUGUCUGUCACACGAUUAUUUCAAGUUUACUUCCAUUCGGAAUGAUACAUUCUACGAUGAAGACAAACAACAGCCGUUACCAUUUGAAUAUGCGACUGUGGCCAAGGUUGGUCUCUUUUGGUACCAAAUUGACGAAGUCUUUAUUUAUCCGUGGCCACCACCGAGAGAACGAAUGUUGUUUAGCGACAUGCUACAAGAUGAAGUAAAACGCAUUCAAAGCAACAACCCCAACAAUAAUGAUGAAGAAAGAAAGUUGCAGCUUACUGUCACUUCCACAUCCAUCCGACCCUCCAGUACUCCCUCCUUGGCUCCCUCCAUGAAUCCGUCCACUCCUACCGUCUCGGAAUCUCCCACUGGAGCUCCUUCCGGAAGUGGAGUGCCAACGGUCUCUCACGAGCCAUCCAUUAUUCCAUCUGCAUCGGCGCAACCGACGACAUCGGCAGCUCCUUCUGCUUCCAAGUCUCCCAGUUAUCAACCAUCCAUUGAACCCAGUGGAGCGCCAACCGUCACGGCAGCUCCCAGUAAAUGUGUGCCACCUUUGGAACCAGGGGCUGCCAUUGAUUGCGAACUGGCCAGCAAAUCCCCCACCAUGUCGCCGACGUCAGCUCCCACCAUUACCAAUCCCAAUGACAUUGUGGCUGCCACCACCCAACUGGGGAAGCGUCUGAAAUACGAAAAGGGAAUGGAUCAAUUUGAUUCCGUCUUUUACAAUGCGCAAUUGGGUGGUAUUUUGGGGCCUGUGUUUUGUGGGCUGGCCUUUUUGACGGGUACAGUGGAAUACUGUUGUUGCAUGUUCAAGUGUAGUUGGUUACCGACGGCCAUCUUUUUGUAUCUGGCCUUUAUGUUUCAGAUGUUUACUUUAUUCUUGUUCUUGUCGGAUGACUUUUGUAAAUACGAUCAAGAGUGCCGAUUGGGUUUUGCUGGCUUUGGUACCAUCCUUGCCACCCUUUGUUACUUCAUUUGCCAAAUGCUCAUUUGCUGUACACCGCGUCCACAACCUCUCUUCAAUUUAAUGAAACCAAAACCCAAGCGGGUCAAGAAGAGAUCGGGGGAUGGAGCGGCCUAUGAUGAUGGUGAAUAUUAUGAUGACGACCAAUAUUUUGAUGAUGAAUAUUAUGAUGAUGAGGGCACCUAUGAUCCACAUAAUGAUGAUGGCACUUAUGAUCAGAGCAGAGGAUACAACGAUGAUCCCUCCUAUUAUACCGAAAAUACCGGAGGUUACGACGACCAACCCAGAGGAGGUAUGGGUACUGUUCCAGAAGACCAAUCAUACUAUUCGAAUGACCAAUACGAUGACGGAACAGGAUCAUACUAUACGGACGACCAAGGAUAUGACGAUGGCACGUAUGACGACGGAACCUACAACCAAGGAUAUGAUGACGGAACGCAAUAUGACGAUCAAAGUCGGUUUGAUCAAUCAGCCUACUCCGGUGAUGACUACACACAGGGAACUGGUCAAUACGAUGACGACUACGAUCGUCGAGGUGGUGCGGGGGGUAUCGAUUAA